UCAGAUCGACAGGAUCUACUUUUCUUAGGGUCUACCGUACUCUAUCCGCGCCCUUCAUUCCAAAUCCGGAGGCUGAGAUCGUCCUUUCAAAGAUAUUCCAUAUCGGUACCCAUUGCACUUUAGAGCCGAGGCAUUUGAUUGGCCCGGGUAGCUUGAAGCUUCAAGUCGGUGCCAGCCUGGAGGAAUACGAGGAUGACUCUUGGCAGCAUAACGUUAUGUUUAUUCCCUUGCCGUCCGUUGGGCUUUUAUUACCACCUUCCUGUCAAAGUCGAACCGAUUUGCUCAUUUCGAAGUUCAUCCUUUACGCCUAGUACACUCAGGAUAUCCAGAAUGGUAAAUGCUAAAGCCAGUGGUUUGACAGCCGCUUCAGUCCCCUCACGGGGUGAUCCGGACAGGAAGCGUGCUCUAAAUGUCUUGGCUCAACGACGAUAUCGAAGGAGAAAGGCAGAGAAGAUGGCUGCGCUUGAGGCCCAGCUGAAAGCGACCAGCACAUCACCAAAGUCCAGUUCAUCAUCCCAUUAUCCAGGCUCUGCCUCAGCUUCAGAUGAAAUGAUAUGCGGAUCGGAUGAGCUGGAACUUGAACUAGAGGCGUCGGGCUCAGGAGAUUCCGGUGCCACCCUGUUCCAAACAUUUGCCACGACAGAUCAAUCCAUGCCUGCCGCAUCCUCUGGCGCGAUCCUCGACGAUCUAGCUAGUUUCGAUCAGCCGCUAUAUCUCCCAGCAAUUGAGUUCGGUCGAUCUGGUUCAACUCCAUUCGGCGAUUCUCCCGCUUGGGAUCUGAGCACUCUGGUGCCUGGGGUCGAAUCCUCCAAUCAGCCAUUUUCCUCAUCCUAUGGCUUCCUACCCAUGCUGUCAAAUGACACCGUCAUAGAUGUGCCGCUGCUGAAAACCAUGCAAGUCGGAAUGGCUGUGGCCCAGAUGGUCGGAGCCGGCGAUACCAUGUGGGACCCCUUCACCCUGCGCACCUUCGACGGGAAGAUCAUGUCGAACAUGCAAGCUAUGCAGCAGAUCACGGAGCUCCCCGCCGAUCUCAAACCCACCGAUGCACAGAAAUCGAUCCCCCAUCAUCCGCUGAUCGACUGUAUCCCCUGGCCGUCAGUCCGUACGAAGCUGGUCGUGGUCUUCAACCUCCCCCCCACACACCGACCACCAGGGGCACGGGAUCCGUUGUCGAUUCUACAGCUCUUCUACGAUAUCGAUGACCCGGCCGAAGGGUUCCGGAUCGUGGGACCCAAUGGGAUGGACGGCAAGAAUUGGGAGAUUGGGGAUAAGUUCUGGAGGACUUGGUGGUGGUCGGUGGACCGGGAGGUUGUUGAGAAUACGAACAAUUUGCGGAAGCAAAGAGGGGCGAAUCGACUGAGAAUUGAGGACGUGGAUCGUGGUGUGCCGUUGUAGUGGCCAUUCCUUUCUGAUGCAGUUCGGGGGCGUUAAUAAGGUAGAAUAUCCGGUCGGGCUCUGCUUUGUUGGUGGGAACAAUAGAUGUUUCUCUAGGAUACUUGACCCCAAGCUAGUACACUUCAACUUAAUUCGUAUGAAAACGGUG